UACAAAGCGAAUUUUUAACAAAGCGAAAUUAAAAUGGCCGACUCAGCACCAGCACCAGUUGCAGCUUCUCCAGCUGUCAAAGCAAAGGUACCAAAGGCCAAGAAACCAGCAUCGAAACCAACCCAUCCACCAACCGCUACAUUGGUCAACGAUGCAAUCAAAGCAUUGAAAGAACGCGGUGGCUCAUCCCUGCAAGCAAUCAAGAAGUACAUCACCGCCAACAACAAGGUUGAUGCCGAGAAAUUGGCUCCAUUCAUCAAAAAGUACUUGAAGAGCGCUGUCGUCAAGGGACAAUUGGUUCAAACAAAAGGCAAAGGCGCAUCUGGCUCAUUCAAAUUGUCAGCCGCUGCUCUUAAACCAAAGGUCGAGAAGAAGAAGCCAGUGAAGAAGGCAAAGGCUGUCAAACCGAAGAAACCAGCAGCAAAGAAACCAGCCGCCAAAAAAGAAGGAGCCAAGAAGAAGCCAGUAGCAAAGAAAGCCGCUGCAGGCACCGCUAAAGUUGCAAAGAAAGCCGGUACACCAAAAGUGAAAUCGGUCAAACCAAAGGUGAAGGCUCCAUCAAAGCAAAGGGCAACCAAACCAUCGAAAUCAGCUGCCCCAAAGAAGCCAAAGACACCAAAACCAAAAACAGCAAAGAAACCAGCUGCAGCCAAAAAACCAAAAGCAGCCAAAGCACCAAAAGCUUAAAUGACUUGUCAUUUAACUUCAGUAGAAGUUUUUUCCAAUUAUUAACUCGAUAUUCGAAAAAAAAUCAGCCCUUAUUAGGGCUACCACAUAAUUCAUUAUAAAGAAUCCAUAAAAAAUCAUUACACAACUUUCUUCUAUAAAUAAUUCAUUAUUUCCUUCACUCACUCAUCCAUCUAUAUUGCAUAGAAUACAUUAGAAAGUAAUAAGAGAGAACAUACGACAUUUUAAGCAGUCUUUUUUGUAUUAAAUACUCCGAUGGAACUUGGCAAAUGAAACUAAAUUAACAUUAAUCGCUAAAACUAAUGUUUAGCUGAAAGAAUUUUGUUUCCAUCAAGAGAUACAGAAUAUAAUGGAGAAAAUGUAAGUAAGUAGGAAAAAAAACCAAUUUAAAUUAUAUCAAGGCAUAACACAAAUACAGUAUAUGUAUCUGAAAC